GGUCCUGCAGCACACAUCGGCCCAACAGACUGAGGGACUGCGCAGGGAGGCAGAGGAGGGAGCAGCCAUGGUUCUCCUGCAGCGGUUGUACAGGAUGAAAAGCAGGCUGCCGGUGAUGAUGACGGUGAUGAUGAUAAUGAUGGUCUUUUGUUGUUCUAGAUUACCAUGCCGUCUACCUGUGCCCCUCGAGCCUCAGCCAGACACUUGCGUUGCGUCGACAGCUUUGAACCACCCUCUGCUGCAGAGAACCAACGGGAAAGUACAGAGAAUGCCUGGUGACGUGCUGGAAGUGGACCUGGAGGGAGCGUCAUGGCAGCCCUGGACAGAGCCUGGGAACUGUUCCAAAUAUCUCACAAGGUUCGGACGGCGCCUCUCCCCGGUGCUGCUCGUUUCGCUGCCGUGCUCAGGCAACACGUGGCUGCGAUACUUGCUAGAGGGCGCCACGGGACUCUUCACAGGCUCUCGUUACUUCGACGACCACCUGCACCACGGCGGGUUCCUGGGGGAGGGAGUGACCAUGGACAAAGGAAGGACUCUGCUUCAUAAGACUCACGGCGCGACACUGGAACCCUUCACCCACGACCUUCUGUCGCGCUACCUCGAGGUGGAUCCUAAUCUACCCACCGUGCUGCUCAUCCGCGACCCCGCCAGGGCGGUGCUUUCCUACUACAAGCUGGUCAAGUUAAUUGGAGGCGACCGACACCGAGCAGAGAUACCGGAGUCUAAGUUUCGGAGUGAAGAGUUCCGUGACUUCGUGACGGACGUGACGCUGCUGUGGGAGGAGCUGGCCAUGGACCGCCUGCUGUGGACCACCAAGCCCCUCUAUGUCCUGCAUUAUGAAGACCUCACAGCCAACCCCAUCCACCACCUGCGCCUCCUCCUUGACUUCCUCAGUGUACCAACGGAUGAGGGUCGCUUGACGUGUCUGGCCGCCCACCUCGAUGGCUCCUUCAGGCGCAACUCCUCCAGGGCCUUCGACCCUUUUACGCAGGAGGAGAAGCUCAGAUUUGUUCAGGCCGUCACGAGGGUGAACAAUCUGCUGAGGCUUCUGGGCUACCCGCUCAUCCCCACUCCCUGAUCCCCAAAUGCUGACCGCCCCUGUUAGCCCGAGGCGACAGUCCACCACCAAAUGAAAGCACCACGUUUGCCUGGCUCACCAUGAGAGUCACUGCCUUGACGUUUUGCCUUAAAGCUCCGUCAAAAAAAAAAACAUUUAAGAGCUAGACAUUCUAGGAAAGGAUUUUAAGUUAUUCAUGUGAGAGCAUUUGAUGAACAGUGCAUUUAUGGAGACCAAGGUAAAUGCUACGCUCGCUGAUAUAAAGGAAAGCUAUCUCUUCCCAGUGCCUUUCGUCCAGUGACGCCUCAAAUAGUAGACAUGUGGGCGUCCUGUGCUCGUGCAAUGGGAUAGUGGAGCGUGACUCGUGAGUGGAGGAGGGCACUUGGAGGUGAAGCGAGGGAAAGAAAGUGGCGCUGUGUGGGGAAAAUAAGACGUUUCUUACAAGAAAUGUAAUAAACUGGAAAUCUCACAAUAGAGAAACGAUGGAGGCAAAUGGAACGAAAGCAUAUAUUCAGGAAGGGAUUGUAGGAUGAAAGAGUAGAAAGAAAAGGGGAUGCGCGUGCAGCAGCAGCAGCAGCAGCAGCAGCAGAAGGGUGAAGUUAAAAGGCUCAGUUAUCUUAGGAAAUACAGAGGAAUGAAAUGAUGUUUUUCAGUCGAGAUGGAAAAGCUUGGACCGAACAGGGGAAGCAAAAUAAAGGUAAUACACGAGAUUUUCCUGUUAUGAGAAUGCAAAUCAUGUGCUUCUUGAGGUGGGAAGUCACCAUUUUUCAUUAAGAAGAAAACUUUGUACAUUAUUUCUUUGUAUGAUUGAAGUACAAACAUCGUGCCCACGCCUUCACCACUAUCCACAUCACCAUUAUCAUCAUUAUCAUAGCAACCACCACACACAAAAGAAAAUAAAUAAAUAAAAAAAGUGAAUGGAUAAGUAAAAAUAAAAAAAAACUGAAAUAAAGAGAAGGCCACGGACACCGAGAAAGGAAGACAGACAGACUGAGUGACACAAGAGAAAAUGCAAAUAAGAAAAGAAAAUGAAACAAGAGAGUUAUUGGAAGGCAACAAAGUCACGGAGAGAAUCAAGAAGGAAAAAAUAAGAGGAACGGAAAGAAAUGGAACACCAAAUAGACAGACAGCCUGACAGACCUGUGAAUAAAGGAGGAGGAGGAGGAGGAGGAGGAGGAGAUACAAGGACAUAUGUGUGUGAGAGAGAGAGAGAGAGAGAGAGAGAGAGAGAGAGAGAGAGCCAUCUUGUGUAUUAAGGUUUCUGGGGUGCGUCAUGUCCUCAAACAAUGCCCUGGGGAAUACGAGAAUGAAGAGAGGAGAAGAGGAAGACGGAUAAAAGGAAAUCAGACCGUCAAAUUGUCAGUCAGAGAGAGAGAGAGAGAGAGAGAGGAAUAUCUGUCCGUCUCUGCCUGUCUGCCUGCCUGUCUAUCUGUUUGUCUGUCUCUACCAAAAUUUCCCCACAUAACAUAGAGUCUUAUUUUUCUUUCUCCCUUUUAUCACCAGCAAGAUGGAACAAAGAGGAAAAAUGCAGGAUACAAAGGCAGUGAAUUAUGAGGGAGUGAAGACAAUACAGUGUUAUAAAAACUGACCUAGUUACAUGACACUGACACUGAUGAAGGCACAGCACUUAUCGACCAGAGAAAUGUGACGCUUUAACAAUACAUGGCCCUUGAGUUAGAAAAAGCAGAGAAAACUGAUACCUUCUCAUGCCUUCCCUUACGACCCUAUGCUGUGAGAUGUCAAUGCUUUAUAAGGUUUAAGGCAUUCACGCUACUCUCAACUUCCAUACGAGACAGGAAGAUGCACAGUACACGUUGUCAUGAGCGAGCGGGAAGACUUACCAAAUGCAUCACUCACACAGUCAGUCUAAUCGUGAUCAAGUACACAGCAGGAGAGUCAGUUGGAGUAUCCAUGUUGUAUACCUAUGCGGACACAAGUACAGUAGAGAGAACAAGAAGAGAACUGCAAAAGAAAUUAACAAAGACGAAGCGGAAAAUGAGGACAUAUAAAGCAAUGAGAAUGUCUAAAGCA